UCUUAAGCGCGGAAAUGCUAAAGUUUUGUGUUGUGUGAAAGGCGGCGGAUUUCGAAACAGAAUGGCGUCUAGGAGGUUAACAACAAUCCACAAGCUGCAGAAACCCGUCCUCGGAGAAUCAAAUAACUCAAAGGAUGGAAGUCAGAACAACAGUGGCAACAUUGGGGAUGAGAAGAGGAAGAAAAAACCUGCCGGCAAGAUCGUGAAGUCUCGAUAUCAACAAGCUGCCGAAAAGAAGCCACUCUUGAAGACAUCAGCCACUGAAUCGAAUGCAGGACUGAGGCCAGCGUCUCCGAAGCCGGGCAGCGCCCGAAAGCCGUGCGUCAGCACUCCGCCCCGGCGCUCUCUAGCCUGCCAGUCGCUUCUCAAUCCUCUGGCUUCGACCUCCAGUAUUUUGGAGCCUUCGAUAUUGGGUGGAAACGUUCUUCAGUCGACGGUGUUGGACGGCCACUGCGUCCACCCGGAGUUUGACGUCUCGGUAAUAGGUAAAGAUAAGAGUCAGACCCAGCACACUGCGGAGUCGGGGAAUGAGAAGGAGAUCUUGGAGAAUCAGGCCUUUUUGCUGGCGUACCUCACAGCCAAGAUGGAGAGCAACACUCGUGAGCUGAGGUCGGAGGCGGAGUGGAGCUUGCUGGCGGUGAUGGAGGAAGAGGAGAGGCUGAGGAAGAGCGUCUGUGAGAAGAGGCGACGGCACCUCCUGCUGGAGAAACACCGGCAGUUCGGGGAGCUGCUGGACCUGCAGACGGUGGCCCUGGGGCCCGUCUCUGCGGCCUCCGGGCGCUUCACGGAGGAGUACCGCGCCUUCGCCACGGCGCUGGACACCACCCGCCACCAGCUGCCCGUCAGGAACUUCCACAUCCCGGGAGACCGCCGCCACUUCCUGGGCCUGGCGGAGGCGUCUCUGCGGGGGAGCGAGGCCCUGCUCCUGGGGGACGGUCUCAGGGCUCAGCCCGGGGGCCAGCGGGCCCUGGAGCUGCUGGAGGAGAUGAAGAGGGACACCGUGGAGCUGGAGCAGCAGCUGUCCCGGGACUUCUCUGACGUGCUGGAGCUGUCGUCUCUGGUCAGCAGGCAGACCGUGCAGGUCCAGCAGACUCUGGAGGAGCAGAGCAUGGGAGCGUCUGUCACUCGAGCCCUCUACCUCCCAGAACCGUGACCCUCCUUACAGGACACCCCUCACCCCCCUCCUGGAGGAGCAGAGAAUGGGGAAGGUCUGUCACUCGAGCCCUGUACCUCCCGGAACCCUGACCCUCCUUACAGGACACCCCUCACCCCCCUCCUGGAGGAGCAGAGCAUGGGGAAGGUCUGUCACUCGAGCCCUGUACCUCCCGGAACCCCGACCCUCCUUACAGGACACCCCUGACUCUUGCCCUGUACCUCCCAAAACCCUGACCCCCCCCUCCUGGAGGAGGAGAGAAUGGGGAAGGUCUGUCACUCGAGCCCUGUACCUCCCAGAACUGUGACCCUCCAUACGGGACACCCCUGUGACUGUGCCUCCACUGCACUACGCUGUAUAUAUUUGGCUUGUUUUUGUGAACAUGACACAGGAUAAUAUUUUCUAAUAAAUGCAACUUUGGCA